UGAGCACCUCAGACAAGAGGGGGAGAAUAGGGUGCAUCGUCUGCCAUGUGUCUGCGCGUGGGCUGUAUGCAGGCCUACUUGUCGAUGCCCCGUGUGCCAGCCCAGUGGAUGACUGUCGGUCGCCAUGUUGUCUUCCGUCGCGCUGAUGGUCCAGGACGGCACCUUCGAGCUGUUCUGCGAUCCCAGCACCAGUGAGAUCCGCGCCAUCCGCGACGAGCCCGAGUUCGCCCUCACCCUCAACCCGCCCCUCCCCACCUAUCAGGUGCAUCCCCUGCAGCAGCACCCCUUCCAGCAGCACAUGAAGCACGACGACCCACCCGUCCGGUCGAGCGUCUAUUAUGACGCCGAGGAGGACGGGGAGUGGGUGGCAGGCGGGGAUGACUUCAUCUCCGCAUCGGUGAGCGCCUUCAUCGUGGAUGCCAUCACCUCCCACUACUACGUCAGUGGUAGCGUCCAGUUCCACACCACGGAGAUGGAUAUCUAUCGGUACAUCAUGUGGCGGAACGUGACGUAGCAGUGGAGUGUUCUCCGUCCUUGUAUGUAUGUGUGCAUGUGUGUAUGUAGUGGGGCGAGGGGUGGUGAUUUGGACGGGCUGCGUACGCGGUCGCCCCACACAUCGCUGGAGGGAUGCGCAGCCGUCGUGACGGAGGAGUGGGCCGACGGGGCUGCAUAUCAGUGCCAUCUGCUGACGGCAUUCGACGACCUUUUUAUCGCAUUUCUCGUUUUCAGAGUCGAGCUUGACGACCGUCAGACCGGUGAGCGGAGGGAGGGUAAGGGCAAAGCAAACGACGUCUCGUGCAAGCAGGCCCUGUGGUCUCCGUCUGUGUCCUGUGGCAGUGACUGUCGGUCUGUCGACGACAGAGCAGCCGGUGGGUGAUGCAGGUGAUCCGUUCUCGGUCAGAUACCGGCGCUCGGCAGCCAAGGCCCGGCGGUCACUCGGCCUCUUCGCACUCAUCUUCCUCGAUGGACAGACGCCAUAGAUGAAAGAUGACAGCACACGGUGGGGGGGUCCUGAAAGGGAUGAUACGCCCCGUUGGCAGAGGGCUUUCUGUCUUCCGUCUGCAUGUGUUUAGGUUGGCUGUCUGGCUGUCUGGCUGGCUGGGACGUGCGCAAGACCACCAGUAGAUGAAUCAAUGGGGCAGUGGUUGGACACGUGUAUGUGCGGUUUAUACGGACAGAUGCCUUCAUAUUGUCUAUCCUUAAUGUCCAUCGGACUGCGGAUGUCGUUGGACGCAUUCAUUGACGCAGGUGUGACUGUGAAUGUGCGUAUGUACAUUGUGUCUGCAGCCCACUCUGUGUGUUGACGACAGACCCAUCGCCGUCCAUGUAUGGCUUUUACAAAUGAGAAAC